AUGGACCUCAUUUCGUCUGCGUUACCCAUUCGCUUGCUCCACGCUUUGGGGCUGGCUGCCGUGGCACCUGGAGUUUGUGACAUCUAUGCCUCUGGUGACACGCCGUGUGUCGCUGCUCACAGUACCACUCGGGCGCUCUAUUCGUCAUAUCGGGGCCCUCUGUAUCAAGUGACGCGCGGCAGCGAUGACAAGACAGUGGACAUAACGCCGCUCAAAGUUGGAGGAGUCGCCAACUCCCGUAUCCAGGACAAGUUUUGCCGUGCUACGACUUGCGAAAUCAGUAUCAUCUAUGAUCAGUCUGGGAACCAGAAUCAUCUGACCAGGGCACCGGGUGGGGGAGCCGAUAUUGGUGAAUACCCCGGAGGAUAUGAUAUCCUCGCUAGUGCUGUCGCUGCUCCAGUCACGGUACAAGGGCACAAAGUGUAUGGGGUUUUCACACCUCAAGGCGCAGGCUAUCGAUGUAACACGCCCACAAAUGUACCUGUCGGCAAUGAAGCCGAAGGCAUUUACGCCGUUCUCGAUGGGACGCACUACAAUGGUGAAUGCUGUUACGAUUAUGGCAAUGCAGAAACAACGACGAACGACGAGGGGAAGACUACAAUGGAGACAAUCUAUUUUGGAGGGGGAAACGAGUAUGUGGACGGUCAUGAAGCUGGGCCAUGGGUCAUGGCGGACCUGGAGGAUGGACUUUUUGGAAGUGACAUUCGUGGUAAAGUGCCUGCUCAACCUCCUCUCAACCACCGCUUCGUCAUGGGUAUCGUCAAGGGAGCAAACUACAACCUCUGGACCAUCAGAGCGGGGGAUGCCUCGGCAGGGUCUCUGCACACAGCUUACUCAGGCCGCCGACCAGAGGGAUACUACCCCAUGAACAAAAAGGGAGCUGUACUGCUCGGCGUUGGCGGAGAUAACAGUUUCAGAGGAGUCGGCACAUUCUAUGAAGGCGCCCUCACCGCUGGGUAUCCGAGAGACGACAUUGAGGACAGGGUUCAAGCCAACAUUGUCUCUGCAGAAUACGGUACCAUCUCUUCGAGCACUGGACCUGAAAUCGAGAUUGGAUCAAGAGUGUCUUUCGAUUCAGGAUUUGGCUUCGUUUCGCACAAUGGCCCCAACGUGACUCUCUUGGGAAAUCUCUCUACUGGAUCAGUUAGCAAAGCAUCCACAUUCAUCGUCCGUGAAGGCAACGGGGACAAGACGUGCUUCUCGUUCGAAUCAGUGGUUGAGCCUGGUCAUUAUCUCAGACAAGCGAAUUACACCAUCUUUGUCGAUUCGCCGGACUCUACCCGAGACUCUCCAUCAAAGAACAAAUUCGAGGAGGACUCGACGUUCUGCACCGAGCCUGCUCUGGAUGGAUCGGAUGGCGUUUCCUUGAGGUCCUGGAAUUUCCCCACUCGAUACUUGCGGACGCAUGGCAAGCACAACUCGCUGCAUAUUGCCCAGCAUGGGGGAGCAGAAGACUGGGACAGUGUCAAAAACUUCUACGAUGAGACAAGUUGGGCCAUUGUAGAGAGUGCUUGA